AUGACUCUCGCCGAGGAGUUCCGCACUAGAAACUUCAGUAUUUACGGUCAAUGGACCGGUGUUGUGUGCAUCAUCCUAUGCCUGGCGCUCGGUAUCGCCAAUAUCUUCAGUUUCAAUGCAGUGAUCAUCAUCUUUAGCGUCCUGUGUCUUAUUUCCGCCUUCAUUCUCAUCUUCACCGAAGUACCCUUCCUGCUCCGAAUCUGCCCGACCUCGCCGAAGUUCGAUGAAUUCAUUCGCAAGUUUACAACCAACUGGAUGCGUGCUGGCAUGUACGCUGUUAUGAGUGUGGUGCAGUUUCUCAGCCUGCUCAAGGAUGCCACCAGCUUGAUUGCUGCGGCUGUUGUUCUCCUGAUUGCGGCCAUUUUCUACGCGCUGGCGGCCGUGAAGAGCCAAGAGUUCGUCAGCAGUAAGACACUGGGUGGCCAAGGACUCGCGCAGAUGAUUGUGUAG